GUGGAAUCCGUUAGGGCUGCCGCAAAGCCACUGGUCGUGCUGUGCGACUGCUCUGUGCCCCGGAUUUCCCCUAUUUUCCGCAUCCAACGUCACCGGGGCUACUCCUGCUCCGUAUGUAUUUCUGGCCGCCAACAGACGCAUAGUCAGCCUUGCGCAGCUCCUCUCACGCCCGCCGAAGGCCCGCGCGUCCAUCGUUCUGCUAGGCUACAAAACCUCAAAUCUCCAGGCGUCUAUGCACCACCACCAACGCCCGCUUCCAACAUAUUCUAAAUGUCGCUCGUCUCUGGCCCCGGCCGUGGGGGCGGCUCCGACAGUGCAUUGCCCCAGGAGCUGCAGCUCUUCGUCGACAAGCACGUCCGCUAUAUUCAGAGCCUCGACAAGCGCAAAGACGAGCUGGAGUACUGGCUGACGGAGCACCUGCGGCUCAACGGCCUGUAUUGGGGCUUGACGGCCCUGCACCUCCUCGGCCAUCCCGACGCCCUCCCGCGCAACGAAGUCGUCGACUUUGUCCUGUCGUGCCUGCAUGACAGCGGUGGCUUCGGGGCCGCCCCAGGCCACGACGCGCACAUGCUCUACACGGUGAGCGCCGUCCAAAUCCUCGCCACGCUGGAUGCCUUUGGCGACCUGGAAGCGCGUGUCGAGGGUGGCAGGCGGAAGAUUGCGCAAUUCAUUGCCGACUUGCAGAACCCCGAUACUGGCACUUUUGCCGGCGACGAAUGGGCCGAGUACGACACGCGCUUCCUCUACGGUGCUCUCAACGCCUUGUCUCUCCUGGGUCACAUGGACCUGGUUGAUGUAGACAAGGCCGUUGAACAUGUGCAAGCCUGCGCUAACUUUGACGGCGGCUAUGGCACGGGUCCUGGUGCUGAGUCUCAUGCCGGCCAAAUUUUCACCUGUAUCGGUGCUCUGUCCAUCGCCGGCCGCCUUGAUCUGGUAGAUCGAGACAAGCUGGGGGGAUGGCUGAGCGAGAGGCAGCUGAAGAAUGGCGGGCUGAACGGUAGGCCGGAGAAGAAAGAAGAUGUAUGCUACAGCUGGUGGGUUGCUAGCAGCCUUGCCAUGAUUGACAGACUUCACUGGAUUGACCAAGGCAAACUGACCGCCUUCAUCCUGAGCACUCAGGACCCUGAACUGGGCGGGCUGGCGGAUAGACCCGGGGACAUGGUUGAUGUGUUCCAUACCCACUUUGGAAUCGCCGGGUUGAGCCUCCUCAAGUUUCCAGGCCUGGCCGAGAUAGAUCCCAUCUAG